UAACAUGUCCAAAUAUGCCAAUGUGGUGUGCCUAGUUAGCUCCAAAUUUGAAAUCAAAAAAAAAAAAAAAAAAACACUUCACACAUACAAUAUGGAGGGCAAUUCUUCUUCUUCAUCUUCUUGUAAGGGUAAAAAGGUCAUGCAAGAUGUCAACAAAGUUGGGACUAAGGACAAUAAUGAAAUUAUCAAAUAUCGAGGCGUGCGUAAGCGUACGUGGGGUAAAUACGCUGCGGAGAUACGUGACCCAACGAGGCAAGGCGCUCGCCAAUGGCUCGGCACGUUCGACACGGCCGAGGAGGCGGCGAGGGCCUAUGACAAGGCGGCAUUUAGCCUAAGGGGACAUUUAGCUAUAUUGAAUUUCCCAAAUGAGUAUUAUUCUAAGCUUAAUGAUCCACCUUAUUAUAAUUAUCGUAAUUCAUUAAAUGUUAAUGUUCCUAGUAAGUGUUUAGAGAGGGAAAUUUCAUCAAUUGGUCAAGAUGAAAAAAUUGAGUUUGAGUAUCUUGAUGAUAGUGUGUUAGAGGAACUACUUGGGGUAGAUGAGCCAAAGGUGAUAAGAAAGUGAGAUUAAGUUUUGAAAGGGUAGCCUCGGCGUAACUGGUGAAGUUGUUUUCGUGUGAUCAGGAUGUCACAGGGGGUUCAAGCUUUGGAAAUAGCUUUCAGUAAGGCUGCAUACAAUAUACCCUUGUGGUGGGGCCAUUCACUGGAUCCUGCGCAUAGCGGGAGUUUCAGUGCACCGGGCUGCUCUUUUUUUUUAAGUUAUCUUUAAAGUUUCCCUUCCCCGAACCGCGUGCAUGGUAGAAGUUUAGUGCACCGGGCUGUCGUGUUAUUUUCGAAGUUCCCUUUAUCUUUUCUUUUUGUUAUGUAGUAAUUUGGUAUUA